GAAAAGCGCAGAAGAAGAAGAAGGACAGGAGGAAAUAAAAACAAAAGGCUCCAUUAAAACUACACUUUUGUUAUGAAAGGGAAAUAGCGUCCGGCACUUCCACAAUUUUAUUUAUCACAGAACUUCCUCAAGUAUCCGGCCAGUGUCUACUCAAACCUGAAAGUGCGGUUUGUGCUUUGGACAGUCAAAGGCAUUUCCUGACUACUUCUGCUGCGUGGACUUCUUUUUAUUUUUGCUAAACAACAGGUUUUUUUUUUUUUUUUUUUUUUUACCAUUUGCUGACAAAGCAAAUGUGAAAUGAGUUGUGAAAUUAGUUAACGCAUACAAAAGAGAAGCUUCUUUUUUACAAGGUGAUGCGACCUGUGACAGUCGAAGUCUGAUCCAUCAUGGAGGAUGACAGCCGACCACUGCUGGCUUCAGAGCAGACGGGAGAGUGCUCUCUUCGGGGCUCCACUGACUCUCUGGACAUAAAAGUCAAGAGACCGUUCCACGUGGAGCCCAGGAACAUUGUAGCUGAUGACCCGCAGGAGAGGGUGUCUGCUGAAGCCGCCAUUCUCAAUAGUCGAGUGCAUUACUACAGCAAACUGACCGGCUCCUCUGAUAGACUUCUGAGUCCUCCAAAUCAUGUGAUCCCACGACCAGAAGAAAUUUACAUCUACAGCCCUCUGGGGACGGCUUUUAAGGUUACCAGCAGUGACCAAUCAUCUAAAAACCCCAGUAUAAUUACUAUAUUUGCUAUAUGGAACACAAUGAUGGGUACUUCUAUACUUAGUAUACCAUGGGGCAUAAAACAGGCUGGUUUCACUAUGGGGAUCCUUAUUCUCAUCUUCACUGGUCUGCUCUUGCUGUACUGUUGUUACAUUGUGCUCAAAUCACCAAAAUCUAUCCCUUAUAUAGAUACAUCGGAUUGGGAAUUCCCUGAUGUCUGUCGGUACUACUUUGGCAAGUUUGGCCAAUGGUCCAGUCUUUUCUUUUCAAUGGUUUCUUUAAUAGGAGCCAUGGUGGUCUACUGGGUUCUUAUGUCCAACUUUCUCUUUAACAGUGGACAGUUUAUCUACAACUAUGUUCACCAUGUCAAUGUGUCAGACCAUGAAUUUGGAACAAAUGGUUCCGACAAAGUGAUCUGCCCGUUCCCAAAUUAUCCGGACUCAAAUUCUAGCUCAUUGUUUGUGGACCAAAAUGCAAACAACAGUUCUGAUGACACCUCUUUUGCACAUUGGUGGAGCAAGACCCAUACCAUCCCUCUGUAUCUAAUUGUGCUCCUCCUGCCACUACUCUGCUUUCGUUCUGCUUCAUUUUUUGCAAGAUUUACUUUUUUGGGCACAAUCUCUGUUCUCUACCUCAUUACACUGGUCACUUACAAAGCUUUCCGCCUUGGCUUUCACUUGGAGUUCCACUGGUUUGAUCACACACAGUUUUUUGUUCCAGAGUUUAGACUUCAAUUUCCUCAACUGACUGGUGUUCUCACACUGGCUUUUUUUAUUCACAACUGUAUCAUCACUUUAAUGAAAAGCAACAAAAACCAAGAAAACAACGUGCGAGACCUUUCUGUGGCCUACCUCCUGGUUGGCCUGACCUAUCUUUACGUGGGGGUUUUGAUCUUUUCUGCUUUUCCCUCUCCUCCUUUAACCAAAGAAUGCAUUGAACCGAACUUUCUAGAUAAUUUCCCCAGCAGUGAUGUGAUGGUGUUUGUAGCACGGGCAUUUCUGUUAUUUCAAAUGAUAACAGUAUACCCCCUUCUGGGAUAUCUAGUGCGUGUUCAAGUGAUGAGCCAGUUCUUUGGGAACAACUAUCCCAGUUUCUUUCAUGUUCUGCUGCUAAAUGUCUUCAUUGUUGGAGCAGGGGUCCUUACUGCGAUGUUUUAUCCCAAUAUUGGCUCUAUCAUCAGAUUUUCCGGUGCCACGUGUGGUCUGGCUUUGGUGUUCAUCUUCCCUGCCUUGGUCCACAUGAUCUCACUUCAUCGACAAGGAACACUCACCUGGCCAUCUGCCGUCUUCCACAGUUUUCUGAUUCUGCUGGGAAUGGCUAACCUUCUGGCUCAGUUCUUCAUGUAGACCCUCAGGCUCUUAGAGGCUGAUUAAAGGAUUAGACUUACCAGACACACUCUGUGGUUGGGUGACAUGUUAAAGGUCAUGUUUGGGGGUGAAAAAAUGCUUCGAAAUCUAUAAUCUUGUUGUUUGAACAUCCUCUUUUCUCCUCAAUGCCAACUUGUGCCUAUAAUAAUUAACACACAUUCAUGAAUAUUAGUGCAGUGCAAGAUAUUUGGAAUCACACACUUUGCAUUUUACAGACUAGCUAGCGAUAUUAAAGUUGUCUUUUUAGUAAUGUCACGUAAGCAUUGACGAGAACCAGGAUAGUGUGUAUGCUUUUUUAUUUACAAUUCUAACUUAUCCUUCCGAACAAAUGUUUUGUAUAUUCAUGUUGUAAUGCACAAAGCCAUCUUGUAUGCUUGUGGUAUACAGUUCUCUCUCUUCUGUCUUUCUAAUUAUGUUUUAUGCUGUCUGGCUGUUAUGUUUACACUCACACUGUUUGUAUUUAAUGUGUUUAUAUUUAGUAUUUUAUCAAAGCAUUUUACUAAUGUUAGGAUAGACAAAGGGACUGUGGAUGUCGAAAGGUACUCUAAUUAAUUUAUAAAUUAAAUAUACCAAUUUCUUUGU